AUGGCGUUCCAGAGCAAGAAGUUUCCCUCAAAGGCGAACACCAACACCUUCGCCGCCAAGUACCGCGCAAUGAUGAAGAAGCACCCCUUCCUUCUCUUCGGUCUUCCCUUCAUGUCGGUCGUUGUUGCCGGCUCCUUCGUCCUUACCCCUGCCGCCGCCAUUCGCUACGAGAAAUACGACCGGAAGGUCCGACAGGUGUCGCGCGAAGAGGAGUUGGGUUUGGGUCAGAGGAAGCGCAGGGUGGACAUCCGCGAAGAGUACUACAGACUGGCGGCGAAGGACAUCGACAACUGGGAACAGAAGCGUGUCGAACGCCUGAAGGGAGAGUCCGAUGGUCUGCUUUGA